GUGGUACACUAACAAAAAUUAAAAGACAUAUCUCUAGUGUAAAUGCUAAAAAAAUUACGCUGACACAUUCAAUCUUUGUCAGCAUUGCAGCAACAAAUCAUCAACAAAUGUAUUUAUAUACUAAAAUAUUUUAGGUAAUAAAGGGUUAAUUUAUAGUAACAUAAAAAUGUAUUCCAAACAUAAGGUGAAGUACAGUAUACAGGGUAUCCAAGACAUGGCAACCUUCGAGAAGACGUAGAAUGAAUUGAGGUGAACAAAAAAUCCUGUAUCAUCUGUGUUAAUAACACGCAAAAUGUUCGAGUCUGGACACCUCAUAUACUUCCACUUGUAAAAGAAACAUUAUCAAAAUGUUGAAAAAUUAAAAUAUUGAAAAGUAAUUUUGAUUCGAAUGAUUUUGUUCCAUUAAAUGUAAUUGCUCCAUUAUCGACAUGUUCGAAAGGUGAAAUAUUGGUGAAAAUUUAUUGGAGUUCCCCGUCUUUCAAAUGUUACUGAAGAAGAUUAAUGUUCAAGAACAUCAAGCUAACUAAAUAUAUAAAAAACGAUGUAACAGUGAAAUAAAAAUAAAAAAAUGAAUAAUUUCAUUGAUUACUUUUAAUUAGAGAUUGAUAAAAUAUAGGCAAAGUCAAAAUAAUAAAAAUAUAAUUGAUAUUUUUGAAGAAAGAUUAAUAAAGAACUAAUAUUAUUAAUUUAAUAAUUGUUUUUUUAAUAAAUCAACCUUUAAUUGUGCCUCUUCUUUUUGCAACUUUAAAAUAUCUAUUUCAAUUUGAUUUUUUUGUUGUAUAUGGGUUGCCUUAAUUUCCUCCAUUUCUAUCUGCUUGUUCACCAAUUCUAUUUUUUUAUCAGCAAGCACUUCAAAUCUAGCACUAGUUGCAGAUUUACUUGCUUUAUGAGACAAAGAUGGUCGUCUUCUACUGCUCCAUAAAUUGUUGCCUAAAAUAUAUAUAUAUAUAUAUAUAUAUAUAUUUAUUUAUUUAUUAAUUAUAUUUCUUUUUCAUAUUUCUAGUAUUUACCAUUAACUGAUUUUUCAUUGAAAUUAUUUUGUUCAUGUAUUAUGAUGGAUGGGCUAGCUGAUGUCUUUUCAGUCUCAAAGUGUUCCUCAUUGCUACUCGGAUUUGCAUUUUCAGAGAUAAUAAGUGCUUCAUGGACUGGUGUCUUUAACAUUUGAGAAAUGGAGUUACUCUAAUUUACCUCCACAAUAUCAUCUCCUGAACAUGUUGUUGGUAGAACAGUAGUAGUUUCAUCCGGUAAAUCAAUUCCAACAAUUCCUAAUAUUUCAAAAGAAUUCAAUAAGAAUAGAAUUUAUAUGUAAAAGCUAAUUUAUAGAUUAAUGGUAGCAAUAAUAAUUAUUGUAAUUGCGUUAACCACAGUUUAAUGUAACAAUUAUUUCUAGAGUUAUGGCAAAGAUAAUAACAAACUUUAGCGCUAAUUUGUAAUCAUAUAUAAUUUUUUUAAUUAUUUAUAUCCACAUUGUAGUGAUUAAUUAAAUAUAUUAUAAAUCAUUUUUUAUAUGUAACAAUUGAUUUACCAGCCAAACCAUCAGAAUCGAACGUGUUUGUCAAUCCUUCAACACUGACUUCAAUUGUUUUUAAUAAUUCGUUCUCCUCUUCUGUGUUUGCAGCAGGUGGAGAUAUAUAUUGUCCUCCACCUGUGCCUCUUGCAUAAGCCUUGUUUUUUGCUCGUUCUUUUCUCAAGUCUCGUUUUAUUGCUUCGUAUUUGAAUUUUAAUUGUUUUGCAGUUCGAAUCUGUUAAAAAAAUAUUUCUUUUACCGAUUUGUAUAUUGCAUUAUAUAUACUUGUAUAUUAAUAUAAAUUAUGCGAACUUGUACUUACUGUGCCUGUUGUGGAACUAUUAAAUAAAUUUUCUAUUUUUUUCCAUGUCUCAUCUUUUUGUCUCCACGUGCAACCAUCAGUUUUUUUUGCUUUCAAUUAUAUUUUUGUGUUCGUUGCUUAAUCUUAAUAAUAACUGCUUAUCGCAAGCACUAAAAUUUGGACCCCUUUUAUCUUUUUUAUCCAUUAUAACACAUUCAGUUUCACUGUCACAAAGUGCUUGAUUUCAUUUGUAGGUUAUGUAUAUCACUAAAGUUCGAGCGAUAUAAAAUAACCAAUCGGGAACGCACAAUUUUCUAUCCGUUGGUACCACGUCAAAACGAGAGUAACUUACAAUUACUUAACUAACAGUCGACAAUGUAGUGGAUAAACGGAUAGGUGGAUGACUAAAACACUGGCUGCAUUCAGUAGACUCAACAGUUGAGACAUCUGUUUCCGAUGGAUCGAACUCCGCUAUGAAUUUUCUACUGAAUUCGUUUGUGAUAUCGCUACUAGUAAAGAUGGCUACUUCUAAUGUUUUACUUUAAAAUAAAAGCGAAUAAGGUUAAGUUUGACAGAGUAGUUUGACAGUAAAAUUAAAUUUGAAAUACCUACGAAUAAAAUGAAAUCAUUGGCAUUAUUAUUACUUGCGAUGGAUGACGGAAUAACCAUGCAUAAUUUUGAAAAUAUUAUAUUAUCUUUAAUAAAACCUAAUAAUAAUUUUAAUUUUAAUAGACGUUUAAUUCGUGCCCGAAUAAAACGUCGUAAUAAAAAUUAUUAUGAGAAAAUAAUUCCUAGGUUUACGCACGAUCAGUUUAAGGAAAUGUUCAGAAUGGAUAGAAUAACUUGUGAAGUAAGUAACAAUGUACAUGAAAUAAUUAAUGAGUUGGCGAAGUUUGAAUAAUUUAAUAUCAUAUAUGAGUUUACAUAUAUGCUUAAUUUCAUAGAGCAUAACUCAUACAGCGUAGAAGGUUUGAGAAAGCUUUUAGAAGUUUUGAGAAAGGUUUCUAAAACAUUUCAACUUUCUUAAACCUUCUGUUCUGUAUGGUAAUUGUAUACUUCAAAUGAAUAAUUAAUCAAUUAUAUACUUUUAUGUUUAUUUAACAAUAGAAUUUAUUAAAUGUCAUUGCACAACAUCUUGCAAGACAUGCAAAUGAGUACGCACCACUUCGAAAAAAAGUAUUACUCACAAUAUAGUUAUUGAGCAGACCAGUAAGUUUUCUAGCAGCAGGAGAUAGAUUUAAUAUACCAACAAGUUCAGCAUAUCAUAUUUUUAAAGAAAUUGUUGAUGUACUUGUCGACUUGAUGCCAGAGUAUAUACAAUGGCCAAAUCAUGUUUACAAAACCACAUGUAUAGAUGUAUUCGAGGAGAGAUCAUAUGGAUUUCCAGGAGUCAUCGGAGCAAUUGACGGAUGUCAUAUUCCUUGUAAACAACCAAAAGAUAAUGCGCAUGACUACUACAACAGGAAGGGUUUCCAUUCCAUUAUAUUACAAGGAAUUUGUGAUCAUCGUAGAAAGUUUAUUGAUUGCUUCAUUGGCUUACCUGGAAGAAUUGAUACGGAACAUCUUGACAAUGACAUUGAGUUUGUUGAAGGUAGUGUAGAAUCUUGUGAUGCACAGGUCUUGCAGCAAUGA